AGGGGGGAUUAGUGUAUGUGUCUUCCUAGUUGCCCCUAUAAAAGUCAGCAGGAGAGAACCAUUCCCAUAUACCCAAGGCCCUCUCUCCUGCACCCUGGCUUUGGGCUCUGAGCUCUGAGCUGUGGCUUCUGUUCUCUAGGACAUGGCAGGCCCCACCACCAUCAUCACCAGCCUCCUUCUCCUGGUAUUUUGUACACAUUGCAUCAUCCCCACAGACUCUGUGACCAUACCCUCUUCUUGCUGUAUGUCCUUCGUUCCCAAGAAAAUUCCAGAAAAUUGAGUGAUUAGUUACCAGUUAGCCAAUGGCAGUGUCUGCCCCAAAGCAGGAGUGAUGUAA